UGAAAUGGGCAGUAUGUACAUUUCACAAAUUUUCAUAACAUUAUUUAUAUUUUAGUUAUUUUUUAAAAUGUCUGAGUUUUACAUAGACUACGUGUGCCCUAAAGACGAGACGGAAAGGCAUCCUGUGAUCUUUAAUUUUCAAAACGGCUACAUAACGGAUAAUUUUAAGGACACGGAAUGCACUAUAUUAAGAGAUGAAAUUACAAGCAAAAGGAACGUUGCUCUGGAGGUCUGCGACACUCUAUACGUCGGAGCGGAAGAACAAGAGGAGCUAGGCAAAACAAUAAUAAUGGCGCGAAACAAAAAAACAGGGAAAGUUCGAAUCAUCGAAGUAGGUACUGUCGACUUAAAACCCUAUUUGAAAGUCGAUUUAGACAAUUCACAGCUGAUGGAAACGUCGAACUUGGAUCUCAGUCGAAAAUUCGGAUCGAAAAAACAUAAAAAAAUCAUGGAGCAAAGAGAAAAGUUGAAAGUUAAUGUGCAAACAGUAACUGAUCAAAUGCAGAAUGUUAGUCAAAACAUUUCAGAGGACCAACUCGAUCUGUCGAACUACAACAAAACGGAUGAAAACUUCUACGUGCCUCCCAUCGACAGGGAAGCCAAAAGCGUGGAACAGGUUUACGACCUAGACAAAAUAUUAACAGAAGACAUGUUUCAAAAGGUUUAUGAGGAAAUGGAAAACACUGAUUAUAUGAGUAAUUUUAAUGAAUUUCUGAAAACGAUUGUCAGUGAAAAUAUGCCUAAAAAGCAUUUGGUCUUAGCUCUGUAUGCAAAUUCAUUAUUAAACAUGUAUGGAACGCUGAUGAAAGAUAUCACGAAGAAGACCUAUGUUGCCUGUCCUCACUCCGCAUCAUUGAACGACCAUAUACUAAAAAAUUUCCUCAGCAUCUCUAACAAUAGGAAAUUACGUACCCCCCAAAUGAAGGAUAAGUCUCUAUGUCACGCCCUAGUCUUUGUAUUGUUAAUAAAUAAAUACAAAUUCAAUUUAGAAGAUUUAUGUAAGCAAUUGAAGUUCACAUCUAGAGUGGUAGCUACAAAAGUAUCUGUCACAGGAGCGAGUAUAAUCACAGAAGGUAACAAGAAGGUCGUUCAAUUGAAACUACCGAUCAGCAAGCCAGCAUUGAGAAGACGUAGCAAUAAGUUUUAAAUAAAAGUGA